AUGGUUCCCAACGAGGUGUUCCAAAAGCUGUUGUAUGAUCUGUUUUGCAUGUGGCAUGCUGUUCAACGGCACUAUGAUCCGCCAAUACCUGAUAGUGAGGAGCAAAGAAUGCAAAAGGUUAAAAACUUGAUCUGCAAACUUCUUACCGAGAUCGAUGGACGUGUCAACAGAAUCAAACAGAACAACAGCCAUCAGCGUGGACAAGACUUUUACGAAGAAUGGACCAUGUUGACGUGGAAUGUGUUAUGCAUCACAAAUCGUCUUCAGAAUAGCCUCUCCCAAGUCGUCGUCUCGAACGAAGACAAAAUGAUCUACUCUCGGCUGAAUCAGGCACUUGUCGAACUCGUCAACUAUUCUAGAGACUUCCUUCCAUUCCCAUCAAGCAACGAGAUGGAUCCGGAAUAUGUGAUGUUGAGAGACAAGAUGAAUCAGACGAUGAUGAGCCUCCAUGGAUUGUACCGUCAGAUGAACUCUACAAUGUAUCAGACACCCGAUGACGUGGAGAACUUCAGAAUCCAUUUGCAAACGUUUGGAGACGACAUUUUGUGUCCUUGCCUUGAACACUACAAGACUUUUUGUAAUAACAAAGGAAUGGCUCUAUGGCAAACAGUUCGAUCAGUUCAAGUUGGAAGAAUGAGAGAUCAGCUCAAGGAACAUGAUACGUCCGUUGAAAGUCUGGUCACUUUCUACUCCAAUAUGACAUACGUUCUGGCGGUACUCGGUGCAAGACUUCAGGGAUUCCGAUACGAUCUGACCGUCAAUAAGAAGUUCUUCAAUUUUGAUCCAGUUAUACACAUGUCAGAAGCCGUGUUUGCUGCUCUUGAACUUCUGAUGUCUAACUGUGUAUUGGCUACAGAACCAUCAACCAGUGCUAUUUUGGUUACCAAUAAUCUCUUUGCGAUGAAUUGUGGAGCACUGGCCCGUGGAGUUGUCUUCAAGGAUUUCGAGAUACAAGUGGUUUCAGAAGAAACAGCGGAACACAUUCAAUCAGAAAUGUCCCGACAACGUCUUCUACAACAUCCAGCUCCAAUCGGCAACGUUCCAUCUGCCGCUCUUCUUGCCAUGAAACCAACAACUGGAACCAAAAGAAGCAACGCUGCCAGUAAUGCAGACUCUGCCAACAAUACUGCUCAUAAGAAAAGUGAUGUGAACAGCAAAGAAAGUGUCAUCAUCUAUCCAGUUUACAAUGCAAAAAACAGAUACUGGGCUGCAACUUAUCCUCAUCUUCUCUGUACAACAAGACAAAAAGGACGUCAAUCUAUUCAUAAUUCUUACCAAGAUCUGUCUCCUUCUGGAAAUAAUACUUCAUCUAGCAACGAUAAACAAGGAAGUGGAAAACGUCCGAUCUUCUAUUUCCACAUCAAAGCCACAAUGUUCUCUCCAUCUGGAAGAUUUGCUACAGCUCAUACUCUUUCUCUUCCCUUCACAAUUGCCACGAGGAGAAACCAAGAUUGUCAAGUACAGAGAAUGAUGUCUUCUUACACUGCAACAAUAUUUUGGCUUUACGGAUACGACAGUCAGGACGGUCUUCUUUUGCAAUGGAUUGAUGGUGGAAUGAGUUGGGAUCACUUCAAACAUUUAUUCAAACAACAUUUCAAAGUGAACGCAGAUGUGAAGAGAAGUCUCGUUGACAGUGAUUUUGAUCUUUUGAAAUACAAACUACAGUGUCCAGAUUGUUGCUCAGGACAGGAUGGAGCAAGAAUCAAUGGAAUUCAGCAAAUUGUCACCUUUAAAAACGUUCUGUGCCCACAUCUUCGUUAUGAAUGUAACAGUACAAAUGUGCGAUUCUCAGUUUGGCGUGGAAUGCUAGAGCUACUCCAAAUCUUCCAUGAUACUAGAAACAAUGUCCGAAAGCUUUGGGAAAUGGGAGUUUUGAUGGGGUUUAUGGAAUUCGAAGAAGUUGAUCAAGAAUUGGAAAAUCACAAUUCGGCGCUUAUCAUGCGUCUUUCGUUCGUCACUGGAGGAACCAUUUGCUUCACUGUCAAGUCCCAGGCACACACCACCGAUCCUCGUGCAAGUAGACCAAUCCACCUGGAACCUCUGGAUCUAAAGCGACUCCAACAGAAAUGUCUCAGAGAUUAUCUCCGAGAUAUUGCAGAAGCCGAGAAAGUGAAAUACCUCGUAAAAGCCAAUCGCGAAGCCGUCAGAAUUGAAGACUUGCUGGAAGACUUGAAAGACAUUGGUGGAAAACCAGAUAGUCCAUCAGAGAGCCGUGAGAUUUCCAGUAAUAUCACACAUAUGGGUGAUAUCGACACAAUGCAGCAUAUAAAGUUCACUGCUAUGAGAAUCGCGGUGGUCACCUGUAAAGUGAAGCCACCAUCUUCCGAUUAUGAUGAGAAUGAAAGAUCUAAACGUCUAUCAGUUGCCGCUGGCAGUCGAGAUGAGGACUUCCUUCGUGAAUUUGUCAAUCUUUCCAACCUGUAUGGAAAGAGCAAACAAGAUUUGUUUGAUUCUCUAGACUUCAUUAAUGAUCAAUUCCAACCGGGACCAAUUCGAAAAACUUCAUCCGUUUACGAAAGUGUUCCUCGACAUAUUCCACUUGCCCCUGCUCCAAUUUCUCAAAACAUGGCACCUACUUUAAUUUCACCACCACCUGCAAAGGUUUGCAAAAAAGGGAUAUUGUUAGUCCGAUCUGACUUCGAAGUGCCAAAUCCAGUAAUGCGGGUCAGCGUUUCACCACCAAAGGUAUCUUAUCAAUGCAAUAUUUCCACUUACACUCCUGUUUAUUUUCAGCCAUCGUCUCAACUGCCAUCACCCAAUCAGACGGCACUUCCCCAUCUCUACAAUAACAGUGUGCCAAUGAUCUACGAUCAUCUUCAUCAGCCACAUUUCCAAUAUUGA